AUGACGUUGAAAAAGAUCGACCACGACUUCCAGAAUCCUCAACUUUCUUACGAUGCCAACCCAAACUACCAGCCCUAUAUCAAGCUUUCGUUCUAUUUCUCCAAAGGCAAUAAUGUCACAGACGAGCAAUUCCAUCGGCACUGGGAGACGAUACGACGCUAUACUCAAGUUCAUCAGACUGCCGAUCUCAAAGAAAAGGCUCGAGACCUUGGCGCUAACCUUGGAAUCGAGCAUAUGGACUAUGAUGGCUGCUCAGAAAUUUGGGUCGAGAAGUGGGAAGAUUGGGUCGAAUUUUCCAGUAGUGAGGAGUAUUCUCAGGCGAUGAAUCCUGACUGUAAGCACUUCAUGGCAAUGCCUGUACGAGUAAGUUAA